UCUUUCAGAAAUGGAUAUGAAGGAAAUGGAUAUGUCACUGAAGGCUAUAUUUAAAGCCGAUCCAGAUUUCUGCCCAGCAUGUGGUGCCAUUCUCACACUCCCCAAAUCAGGAAUGACUGUCACGUGUAAAGUGUGCCAGUAUUCCAUUUGCUUUAGUGAUCUCAUUGGUCAAGAAACAACGUACCAUUUUGACUUCGUUCCUCUGGGCACUUACCUGACACAGAGCUUUGUGGAUGAAGAGGAGGACGAACUGGGCCAAAUGGACAGUGGGAGAGAGUGCAGUAAGUGCGGUAAUGUUGGCAUGUCUUACACCACCAUGCAGUUGCGGUCGGCAGAUGAAGGACAAACUAUCUUCUACAUAUGUCCCAAGUGCAAGCACAGAGAGGUGGAAAACUCAUAAAGAGCAGAAUCUUUGGAAAAUUGUUAUAUGUGAAGAAAAAGAAUAUGUGACUAAUAAAAAGAAUGGGAAACUCA